AUGGCGAGACGAAGAGACGAGGAAGAUGAUGACGUGGAAGAGGAAGAGUACGAAGAUGAAGAUGAGCAGCUGUUGGACGACGAGGAUUACGACGAGGACGAAGAUGAGGGGAGGGGCGGUGGCGGUUCCAGUAGGAAGCGGCGGAGAUCUGAUUUUAUCGAUGACGUGGCGGAGGAAGAUGAUGAGGAAGAUGAAGAUGACGACGACGAGGGUUAUGGUGGUGGUCGUGGUGGGAGACGACAGAACAAGGCUCCGCGUAGCGGCUCUCACUUUUUUGAUCUUGAAGCACAGGUCGAUAGCGACGACGAAGAGGAAGAGGACGAGGGAGAAGACGACUUCAUAGUUGAUAAUGGAGCUGAUCUACCUGAUGAGGAUGUUGGUAGAAGGCUGCACCGUCGCCCAUUACCUCUCCGGGAAGAUGAGCAAGAAGAUGUUGAAGCUCUUGAGAGAAGCAUUCAGGCUAGGUAUGCAAGAUCAAGUCACACUGAAUAUGAUGAGGAGACAACUGAAGUGGAGCAGCAAGCACUUUUGCCAUCAGUAAGAGAUCCAAAGCUGUGGAUGGUGAAAUGUGCGAUUGGUCGUGAACGAGAGACUGCAGUUUGCCUCAUGCAGAAAUACAUCGAUAAAGGAUCUGAAUUGCAAAUCAGGUCUGUUAUUGCCCUUGAUCACCUCAAGAACUAUAUUUAUAUCGAAGCAGACAAGGAAGCCCAUGUGAGGGAGGCUGUCAAGGGUCUACGGAAUAUAUUUGCGACAAAGAUAAUGCUUGUUCCAAUAAGAGAAAUGACUGAUGUUUUAUCAGUUGAAAGCAAAGCGAUUGAUCUUUCAAGAGAUACCUGGGUCAGAAUGAAGAUCGGGACAUAUAAGGGUGAUCUUGCUCAAGUAGUUGAUGUGGAUAAUGUGCGGCAAAGAGUCACUGUAAAAUUGAUUCCUAGGAUUGACUUACAGGCUCUGGCGAAUAAACUGGAAGGGAGAGAAGUUGCAAAGAAAAAAGCCUUUGUCCCUCCUCCUCGUUUUAUGAAUGUUGAUGAAGCUAGGGAACUUCAUAUUCGUGUAGAGCGCAGACGAGAUCCAAUGACUGGUGAUUACUUUGAGAAUAUCGGUGGCAUGUUGUUUAAAGAUGGGUUCUUGUACAAAACAGUGUCAAUGAAGUCAAUAAGUUCUCAGAACAUUAAACCAACUUUUGAUGAACUUGAAAAGUUUCGGACACCUAGUGAGAAUGGAGAAAGUGAAAUGGUUGGUUUGUCAACAUUGUUUGCAAACAGGAAGAAAGGCCAUUUCAUGAAGGGUGAUGCUGUUAUUGUUGUCAAGGGAGAUCUGAAAAAUUUAAAGGGAUGGGUUGAAAAGGUUGAGGAAGAGAAUGUCCAUAUCAGACCAGAAAUGAAAGGCCUUCCUAAAACUCUUGCUGUUAAUGAAAAAGAGCUGUGUAAGUACUUCGAACCUGGGAAUCACGUGAAGGUUGUGUCUGGGACAAAGGAAGGUGCAACUGGUAUGGUUGUCAAGGUUGAGCAGCAUGUGCUCAUCAUUUUAUCUGAUACAACCAAAGAACAUAUCCGUGUUUUUGCUGAUGAUGUCGUUGAGAGCUCUGAAGUAACUACUGGUGUUACAAAAAUUGGAGAGUAUGAGCUGCAUGACCUUGUGCUACUAGAUAACAAUAGCUUUGGUGUAAUUAUACGUGUAGAAAGCGAGGCUUUUCAGGUUCUUAAGGGGGUUCCAGAGAGACCAGAGGUUUCUCUUGUAAAAUUGAGGGAAAUAAAAUGCAAGCUUGAGAAGAAAUUUAAUGUGCAAGACAGAUAUAGAAAUGCUGUUUCUGUGAAGGAUGUGGUUAGGAUCCUUGAGGGUCCUUGUAAGGGGAAACAAGGCCCAGUAGAGCACAUAUAUAAAGGAGUCUUGUUCGUCUAUGAUCGACAUCACCUUGAACAUGCUGGCUUUAUAUGUGCUAAAGCUGAUUCUUGUUGUAUAGUGGGAGGAUCACGUUCGAAUGGUGACAGAAAUGGUGAGUCUUUCUCAAGAUUUGGAGGCUUCAAGACUCCACCCCGUAUACCACCAUCACCAAGGAGAUUUUCUAGGGGAGGUCCUCCUUUUGAUACUGGAGGGAGGCACAGAGGUGGAAGAGGAGGGCAUGAUGCUUUGGUUGGUACUACAGUGAAAAUUCGCCAGGGCCCUUUUAAGGGUUACCGUGGACGUGUUGUAGAUAUUAAAGGUCAAUCAGUUCGAGUUGAGUUGGAGUCUCAAAUGAAGGUUGUUACAGUUGAUCGCAACUUUAUAUCUGAUAAUGUGGUUAUUUCCACACCCUACCGCGAUACAUCACGAUAUGGUAUGGGAAGUGAAACUCCUAUGCACCCUUCACGAACUCCAUUACAUCCAUACAUGACUCCUAUGAGAGAUGCUGGAGCAACACCUAUCCAUGAUGGCAUGAGAACACCUAUGCGUGACAGGGCCUGGAAUCCUUAUGCACCAAUGAGCCCACCCAGGGAUAAUUGGGAAGAAGGAAACCCUGCCUCUUGGGGUACUAGUCCACAAUAUCAGCCAGGAAGUCCUCCUUCGAGAACAUAUGAAGCACCUACUCCUGGUUCAGGUUGGGCUAGUACUCCUGGUGGUAAUUAUAGUGAGGCUGGAACACCAAGGGAUAGCAGUUCUGCUUAUGCCAAUGCUCCAAGCCCUUAUAUGCCAUCAACCCCCAGUGGGCAGCCUAUGACACCAAGCUCGGGGUCCUAUAUUCCUGGUACACCUGGAGGGCAGCCAAUGACACCAGGAACUGGUGGUCUUGAUAUUAUGUCUCCUGUAAUAGGUGCUGAGAACGAAGGACCAUGGUUCAUGCAAGAUAUUUUGGUCAAUGUGCGCAAAUCUGGAGAUGAGACUCUUGGAGUUAUCCAAGAGGUGCUUUCGGAUGGCUCCUGUAAGGUGGCCCUUGGGUCAAAUGGCAGCGGUGAUACUGUAAUUGCCCUUCCUAGUGAGAUGGAGAUAGUAGCACCAAGGAAAUCAGACAAGAUCAAAAUAAUGGGUGGCUCACUACGUGGUGUUACUGGCAAGUUAAUUGGUGUGGACGGAACGGAUGGCAUUGUAAGGAUAGAUGACAGUCUUGAUGUCAAGAUAUUGGACUUGGUUAUACUAGCAAAAUUACCAUGAUCAACUUGGAAAUAAAAUUAAAAUUAACAAUGUAUAUUUUUUUUAUAUUAUUAUUAUUUGUUAUUAGUUUUGAGCAAA